AUGGAAACUAGAGAAUCCGAAGUGGACGCCGUCGAUAAGGUGCUGUUUGUGCAGACCGGCAGCGAUGAGAGUUGUGCCACGUCGAACCACGAUGCUAGGUCAUUGAAGGAAAAAAAUGGUGCGGAUGGUGGUAACGUGUAUGACCAGGAGGUCAAUGCGACGACAACGGACGAUGAUGGUGUGCCAUCAGCAUCGCAUCCAAUGGAGGUCAAGAUUUUGAGGAAAAUGGAUAUUUUUUUGAUUCCGCUGAUGGCAAUGCUAUACUUUUUGUCGAAUUUGGAUAAGUCAAAUAUUGGUAAUGCAGCGGUCGCCGGUAUGAGCGCGGAUUUGAAUCUCGUGGGAACCCAAUAUAAUGUUGCAGUAACGGUUUUUUUCGGUACCUACGUCCUUUCAGAUCCAAUAGGUGCUAAUUUGCUGAAAAUCAUUGGGCCACCAAAGUUGAUGAGUUUUUGUCUAUUGGCGUUUGGUUUGAUCUCUUUGUGUACCGCUUGGAUUAAAAAUUAUGCACACUUGCUAGUGGUAAGGUUAUUACUAGGUGUGUUUGAAGGUAUGAUCUAUCCUUCGAUUAAUAUGUAUUUAUCCAUUUGCUAUAGAAGAGAUCAGUAUGCGAAGAGAUUUGCAUACGUUUUUGCUGCCGCAUGUCUCUCAUCGUCAUUUGGUGGUUUAAUCUCCUACGCUUGCGCUAAGAUUAGUGGCUCCAUGGCAGCUUGGCAAUAUAUUUAUAUUAUCGAAGGUGCUAUUUCAAUUGGAUUUGUACCCUUCUAUAUCUUCGGGUUAAGCAAAAAUUUGGAAGAUUCCUGGUUUUUCAAUGAGGAAGAAAAGGAAUAUGUUGUUCAAAGAUUCAAGACAAUGGAUACCGCAGAUCCAAAUGAUAAGUUCGAAUGGCAUCAAGCAUGGUUGGCUUUGAAAGAUAUCAAGACAUGGGCGAGUGCUCUAGCUUUAUUUGGUAUUGAUUUAACCACGUUUGGUUUAACUGUUUUUCUGCCUUUAAUCAUUAAUACUAUGGGAUUUUCAACUGUCAAGGUCCAAUUGAUGACAGUUCCCGUGUACUUUUUGACAGCAUUUGUUUUUUUCGUUUGUGCUAAAUUAUCUGACCAUUUAAGACUAAGAAGUCCAUUUAUUAUAGGUGCUUGUGUUACAACAAGUGUUGGUAUAGCAAUUGUACUGGCCUCUCAAUCUCACGGUGUGAGAUACUUCGGAGUUUACAUUUUAUGUAUGGGAAUUUACGUCAAUGCAGCAACAAAUUGUUUAUGGCUAAGUGGUAACAUAGGAAACUACUUCAAGAGGGCAACAGCUGUCGGUUGUAAUUUAUUCUUUGGAUCCUCAUCUGGUUUGGUCUCUGGUCAGAUUUUUUUGAAUUCCGAAAGGCCACGUUACAUCAAAGGUUUAUCAAUCUGUCUGGCUUUCCAGGGUUUGUCAAUCGUGAUGACGAUCGUCCAAUUUUUCUUAUAUAGAAGAGAAAACAAGAAAAAGGAAAAAAUCAUUGAUCGCUGUCGCGAAUUGAAUGAACGUAUUCCAUUUGACCCUAAAUUGGGUGAUAUGAAUCCUCAAUUCAGAUACAUGUAUUAG